UUGUUUAUCGUUAUAUUUUAUGCAGACACACGAAAGAAAAGCUUUGGCAUAGAAAGGACGACGGCGAUAGAAACUGGUCGGGAGACUCUCAUAGAAAUCGAUAAGGACGGCAAGGGAUUGGGUUUGUCGAUUGUUGGAGGGUCAGACACUGUGCUGGGUACUGUAGUGAUCCACGAAGUCUAUCCAGACGGAGCAGCUGCUCAUGAUGGACGACUGAAACCAGGAGAUCAGGUUUUAGAGGUCAACAAUUUUUCGCUUCGUAGCGUAACACAUGACCAAGCGAUCUCUGCCCUACGUCGAACGCCUCCGAAGGUUCGACUUCUCAUUUAUCGAGACGUGAAUCUACAGCUGAGCUUGCUUGACCCCACACAGAUCUACAACAUAUUUGAAGUUGAAUUAGUGAAGAAACCCGGACGUGGGCUAGGACUGAGCAUUGUGGGUCGCAAGAACGAACCAGGCGUUUACGUGAGUGAAGUGGUGAAAGGAGGUGCAGCUGAAGCGGACAACCGGCUAAUGACGGGUGACCAGAUUCUUGCCGUGAAUGGCCAAGAUGUAGCGAACUCAAUGCAGGAAGAUGUGGCCGCAAUGCUGAAAACUUGUGUCGGACGCGUUUGCCUUAAGGUUUGUCGAUUUCGAUUCAUUUCGCUGAUAAGCAAGUGA